AUGUCAAAACUCUUAAUCACCUUGUGUUUACUCCUCUCCUGUGCCAUCCUCUUGGUCAAUGCCCAAACCUACUCCAACUGUAAAGACUUUGGUAAUAGUUACAAGGCAGAAUGGACUGUCGCCAAUGGAACUUUGACAGCUCGUUUCACAAUUCCAAAUUCUUCUGGUUGGGCUGCUGUUGGUUUUAAAAAUUCUGGAUCAGGAAUGAGUGGUUCAACCAUUCUCAUUGGAUCCAAGUCUACCAUUUCUGGUGAAUAUUAUGCUAGUGCCAAUACUGCUCCAACUCAGACUGCCAGUAACUUUACCUCUGCAUCUUCAUCCCUCUCUGGCUCAACCACAACUUUAACUUUGGUUCGUCCACUAACUCGUCCAUCCUCCUCUCCAGCCACCUACUAUACCUUUUCAAGUGGUACCUCAAUGGAUAUCUUAUUUGCUGCUCACAAUUCUAAUUCCUAUCCAUCCAUUCAUGCAAGUACUUAUAGAACUACAUUGAAUUUAUUUGCAUCGAGUACUUGUGGAACAACUAGUGCAGCUACUGCUACUACUACUAUUGGAAAUGGAGUUGGUUUGAUGGUUGUGGUUGUUUUGGCUCUUGUUGGAUUGUUGGUUUGUUAAAUAAAAGCUAGCUUCAAAUUUUGUUGU